UGCUUUUAAAUUUAUUGCGAUGAUUAUUGGAGUAUUGGGAAAUGUCACAGUUAUAAUAUACACAAUUUUGUUGUGUAAAGAAAAGACAGCGACAUCUUACUUGAUAGCAAACCUGGCAUUAGCGGAUCUUCUCGUGUGUUUAACAUUUUAUCCACUAUGGAUCAUCGAGUUUAUUCAGACCAUAUUAAACAUUGAAAGUGAUCAGGACUUGUUUUGUAAGUUAAGUCGUUCUACCAUCUGGUCAUUGUUGUUUUCUUCAAUGGCUACAAUUCUCUUAAUUACUGUUGAUCGUUAUUUAUAUAUCGUAAAACCUCUGAAAUAUCCCAUGACUGUGACACGUCGACGAGUAUUUCUGGCUAUUUCAGGAGUCUGGUUGACUGCUUGUUGUCUUUACGUUGUACUUCAUGUUGAUUAUCGGAGAUUUAACGAAAAAAACAGAAGUCUCUGCACACUAACUGACAGCGUUAAAUAUUCAACAGAAGCCCUUAUUUAUAUAACACUUGCUUCCAUCUUCAUUCUAAAUUUCCUAAUUUUACGGUUGGCUCAGAUACAACGCAAACGAAUCUUCGAUGAAGCUAAGAUCGUAAGCGCCAGUAACCACAAUGAACAGUCAGGCAGUAUGAGAGUUGUAUUUCGCUUAUUUCAAGCGUUUAAAGAAGCGAAAACAUUUUCUUUUGUUAUUACAGUGUUGGCGAUUUGUUGCUUUACACCAACAAUCAUCGGUUCUCUGUUAAAGAAAUUUUGUAGUGCUUCAUGUCAGCAGAUGUGGUAUGUAGUUGUUCAGUACGAGUUUUAUGGGAUAAACUCGAUCGUGAAUGCUUUUAUUUACGGAGUGCGACAUAUCAAGUACAGAAAAGCUUAUAGAGGAAUUAUCUUAAAAAUUCUCGACUGUAAUUGUCACUAAAAAUUUGUUUUAAUUCUGCAUCCUGUAAUUGUGAAUUUUCUUAUUUUGUGGAGUUUUUGUUUACUCCUCGAUACUAAAUAUUUUACUAAUUCACUUCACUUUCCUAAUUACAAACUCUUUAAGUAGUAAAAUCUGGUUCUGCACGUCAUCUACAGUCGGUGAUCACUGAAUUAUUUCUCCGACUUUCUUGGUCCCCUAUCUAGGUCUUCAGACUGAUUUUUAAAACUAUUUUGGCCGAGCUGGGGUAUCAAGACACC